UUUGUGAGGUUUCUCUAGAGUGGAAUGGAGUUGGGGAGAGCAAGGGCUCUCCUCUCCCAUCCUCUAGAUCAUCGGCUAUGAGCUCCAAGGAAGACCCAUCCUUUCUGUUACCAACAGAAAAAGACGCCAUUACCAAAUGGUGGUAAGACAUCCAGCCAAAAGCUGGCGUCAAGAUUAUGCUGAUUAACUCCAAGUCCCAAGACUCUUGUUGCCUGGAGACAAAGUUUCACAGUGAAGGAGAUUCUGGACAAAAAGCAGAGCCUACCGCCUAGCAGUUUCAUGUAACAAACUCAUCACCAUCAACUUGGGAAAACCAUUCUUCAAAUACACUCCCAUAAUUAGAGACCAUGGCCAAGGGUGGGAAAGGCCCCAAGGGCAAAAAGAUCACCCUUAAUGUGGCAAAGAAUUGCAUCAAAAUCACAUUUGAUGGGAGAAAACGUCUUGAUCUGAGCAAGAUGGGAAUCACCACCUUCCCCAAGUGUAUCUUGCGGCUCAAUGACAUAGACGAGCUAGAUCUUAGCCGGAAUCUGAUCAGAAAAAUUCCCGACUCCAUCUCCAAGUUCCAGAACCUGCGAUGGCUUGACCUGCACAGUAACUAUAUUGACAAGCUCCCUGAAUCCAUUGGCCAGAUGACCUCCCUCCUCUUCCUCAAUGUCAGCAACAACAGGCUGACCACCAACGGGCUGCCUGUGGAGCUGAACCAACUGAAGAAUAUCCGCACUGUGAAUCUGGGCCUUAACCACCUGGACAGCGUGCCCACCACACUGGGGGCACUGAAAGAGCUCCAUGAGGUGGGGCUACAUGACAAUCUGCUGACUACUAUCCCCGCCAGCAUCGCCAAGCUCCCCAAGCUGAAGAAGCUCAAUGUAAAGAGGAACCCCUUCCCUGAUGCAGAUGAAUCAGAGAUGUUCGUAGACUCCAUCAAAAGGCUAGAAAACCUCUAUCUGGUGGAAGAGAAGGAUCUGUGUUCAUCUUGCCUGCAGAAAUGCCAACAGGCCAGGGAUAAGUUGAACAAAAUCAAGAGCAUGGCCCCCUCUGCACCAAGAAAGGCCAUCUUUUCCAAUUUGGUUUCACCCAACUCAAUGGCCAAGGAUUCCCAAGAAGAAUGGAGGUUACGCUCAUCCACCUCCUAGAGUAGCUUAUGGCAAAAUACAUGAAGACCAAUCAGCUAACAGAAAUAAACGACUCUGAAGAGGAAAAGUCCUAAAUUAGAAGACUGAGUGGCACAGGGAACAUUCUGGAAGACAGGCUCUCCGGUGCUGCCCAAGUCACUGAAUUGCUUUAUGAUUUUUACUUUAUUUACCUUGUUUUUAUGCUACCUGUUUGUGGAAAUGUCCUUUAAAGAUAUUACAUGUGGUUUUCUAGAUGUAUGUAAAGAGAACAUGUAACAAGAUUGUAGAUAUACACUGAUAGACAAUUAAAGACUUAAGAGUCUACAGUAAGACUGAAAAGUCUUUCGUUCUCUACAUGUCAGUUAAAAUGGUACAAUAUCACCACCAGUAACUUUUGAAAAUUGCAUGUAUAUGAUUAUAGACAUCAAGGAGCCAAGACAUAUAUAAAAUACACACCUAGAGAAAUACAUGCACAUUAUGAACAAAUCGAAGUGGAAUUUUAACCAUUUCCUUAGUUGUACACAAAAAGGUAGCAAAAGGAAAACAGAAAUAAAGAAAACACGGACAAAAAUUAAAAGGGCCUUGUAUUCCAACAUUUUAAUGAUUACACUAAAUGUAAAUGGCCAAUUUUAUUUGUAGUGGCUCUAAAAAUAACCAGGUGGCUUUUAAUCCACAAGAAGAUGAACAAACUCUGGUGUUACAUCUUACAUAGAGAGUGCUAGUCAGUAAUAAAAGGAAACAAAUUAUUUGAAAUUACAACAACUUGGACAGAGCUCAGUGGUAGUAUUCUGGUCUUUAAAGGGCCAGUCUCCAAAUAUUUCACACUCUGUGAUUAUAUUUAUAGAAAUGCCUCUAAAUGAUAAAAUGAAAGUGAUGACAAAGCAGGUCAACAGUUGUCAGUACCCAAGAAUGGCAGGCAUUUCAGGAGUGAGCUUGAUAGUGACAUGGCAGUGCAAGAGCUGUCUUUGUAAUGAAGAUUGCACACUAGGAUUACGGUAGUACUCACAUGAAUCUGGGCAGAAUGCAAAAAUCACAAAGAUGUAAACAGACAUGGAUGGUUCUGGUUUUAAAACUGUGUAAGUUGGUGGUUAAACCACUUGUUCCCAUGGAGGGUGGGGAGUAGAUGAUGCAUGUAUAGAGAGACUCCACUGUUUUACAACUUCCUAUAAAUUUAUUGUUACUUUUAAAACAAACCUUAAAAUAAUUAAAGCCUAAACUCAGCAACAGGCGUAUCUUUGUACCUCUCUCCUUGUACUUAAGAGUCACUGUGUUAUGGUUAUUGUGAUACUCUGGCAUACCUACUAAGUCCUGAGCUGUUUGUAAUUCUUCAGCCAUGCCAUAGAGUUAAGGCAUUUCAAUCAAAGGAGCAGUGUACUUUCAGCUCACUGGAUUCAUUUGAAAGUACUCAUUGUGAUUGUAUCCUUGCAGGUUCUAAUAGAUUUGCUU